AUGGAGACAUUCUGUACCGGGUACAAUCCCGCGGAAAUCAUUCCAUGGAUUGCUGCGAUCAACACUGAGCAGCUGGCAGGCAGCCUAUCACAGUGGAGAUGCCAUUGUUGCAUAGAUCAUCAGGCACAGGCAGUCAGGUACCUCACAACCGCCACCACCACCACCACCACCACCACACGAAUCACCUUCACAAAACAACCAACAACAUCCCUCCGCUCUCCCAACCACACCACCACCUCCGCAUCACCACCCAAGUACCCCCCUCAUCCGUCCCUACCACUCAAUCCACCACCCCUCCACCCCCACACCUACACCAAUUCCCAAACCACCAUCCUCUCCGCCGCCCUCCACCACGUCCCAACCCACGGCUUCACCCGCAACGCCCUAACCCUCGGCGCCCGAGACUCCGGCUUCCUCGACGUCUCCGUGCAACUCUUCCCCCGCGGCGAACUCGACCUCAUCCUCUUCUACCUCGCCAGCCGUCGAGGCCUUCUGCGAUCCAAAGUCGAAAAUGACAAUUUGCUUCAGUCCGCGCAGGCCCAGUCAGUGGAUGAUAAAAUCAAGGUUUUGAUUAUGGAGCGGUUGCGUAUGAAUGCUGAGGUGCAGGAUAAGUGGGUUGAUGCACUGUCGAUCAUGUCCCUUGGAGAAAACAUCCCCAUGUCGUUGUCGGAACUGCACGCUCUCUCGGACGAUAUUCUCACGUUGGCUGGGGACGCAUCUGUCGAUGCAUCGUGGUAUUCGAAACGGUUGGCAAUUGCGGCCGUUUAUGCGUCGUCGGAGUUCGUGAUGACUCGGGAUACGAGUGCGGGACUACAUGACACGGAGGAGUUUUUGGGCCGGCGGUUGGCGGAUGCGAAGGCUGUUGGGGACAAGUUGACCGGGGUGAAGCAGUGCUUAGGGUUUAUGGGGACGACGGCGGUGGGGUUGGGGAGGAGUUGGGGAUUGAAGAUCUGAAGCUGAGUGUGUGCAUCAGAUGAGAUGGUUGUGUUGGGAUGUAUGUACUAUUAUUAUAUCAUUUGCUUGCUUGCU